UCCUCCACCUUCUUCUUCAACCCCCAUGCCUGCCCUUUUGGCAGAGGAGUCUUUAAGCAUGGCCAAAAUACAGUUUCUGAAUUGGAUCAUGAGCGUGAUCUGCUAGCUGCCUUGCUCAGCUGUUUGCCAUUUAUUCAGUACUGGGCUGACUUGCAUAUUUGUUACUGCUGCUGUUUUGGGAUUCAGUUGCUUUCUUGUUUUCUUUUCUUUUGUUUUUAAUUUUAGAAAAGGCACACUGAUUGCAGCCUCACACCAUGGCUAUUGCUUCCUGAUCAAUUGUGGCUUUGUAUCUUUUCCAUGUUGACUCAUAAAGAUAUUUCUCAGAUUUCCCAGGUCUGUCAUCGCUUUUAUCAACUAGCAGGAGAUAAGUUGUUCUGGAAGAAGAUUCAACUUAAAGAUUGCCACUGCUUGAACGAUGAUUGGUUGAUUAGUUUAGGGAAACACCACCCUGAACGUUUCACCCUUGAUCAUUGCCAUGAUAAAGAUCAGAGAAUUUCUGAGGUUGGGCUAAAGCAAUUUUUCCAGUACUGUGAAGGAUUUCUCAAGGAACUGAAUAUAAAAAACUGCAGUGGUUCUGGAUUUAAAGGAGACAGAGUUCUACUUCAUGCAAGCACCUUUUGCCAUAACUUGGCAGUUGUAGAUAUAAGUUGGACAGGAGCUACUGAUUUAGGACUCAUUGCCCUAGUAAAAGCUUCUAGAAGUUUACAGUGUUUUUCUGCUAAUGGAUGCCAGAUUACCAAUGAUUCAAUAAUUUCCUUAAUUGGAAAGCAUGGAAAAAGCCUUAAGAAACUGGAAAUAUUUGGCUGUCAUGCUGUUACUGACAAAUGCUUGAAAUCAAUUGCUAUGAAGUGUCCAGGUCUAGAGGUUCUGAAUAUUGGCAGAGUUCACAGGAUCACUCAAGACUGUUUAGUGGAAAUGGUAAACUCUUUGCAAAAACUAACAAGUCUCAACAUCACAGGCCUUGAAAUGAUGAGGGAUUGUCUAGUACAUUGUAUUCUGAUGAAGUGUCCUAAACUGGAAUGUUUGGUUCUUAAUUCAUGUGCUCACAUAACUGACAUCAGUCUAAUUGAAAUUAGCACUUACUUGCCAAUGAUCAGGUACCUUGAUGUUAAUGGAUGUAAAUAUGUGACUGAUACUGGAGUUCAAGCUUUGACAGGGAAUUGCCAUAAACUUUCUUAUCUUGAUUUGAGUUCCACAGCAACAAGCAAAAGAGGGGUUUGUUUGUUGGCUAAUUUCUGCUUUAGUACCCUAGAAUGUCUGAAGCUUAGUUUCUGCAGGAAUAUCUCUCUAGAUGCAGUUGCAAAAUUAUGUAAAAACUGCAAAAGACUAAGAAUGCUUCAUUUAUAUGGUUGCCGUUUUAUACCUGAUUUGGAAUCCAUUAAAAAAGUUAAUAAAACUGUUAAAAUAUUUCAUGACCUGCCAGUUGCAACAGUGAAGUUACCUGAGUGAGACCUCUGCCAAAUCUUUCAGCAAUUGCCUAAUGAAUACUUAAAGAGUUUGAGUAAGGUUUUUUUUGUGGCCAAAAUGUAGAAACUUACCUUUCUCAGAUACUUCCUAUUUGUGUUACUUUCUUCAUCGUAUGUGGAAUAGUCAAAAUGAAGAAAAUCUUGUUAGAGCUGUUUUUAAAAGAUACGCUGUACAUAUUUU